AUGAAGCUCGACGCUGCACUUGUUACAGUGCUUUCCUUGGGGACUUUUCUGGUCCAAGCAAAUCCUAUCAUGCCAGGCCUUCCUGUGAAAGGUGCAAUGAAAUACGUUGGCCCAAUAACACCUGGAGGAGCGAACGUGACCCUUGAGGGCACCGCUGAGCAUAUCCAUGCUCAGAUCUUGAAGCUCAACCCUAAGUUCAACCCGGGUGACUUUCAUGAUGACAAGAGCGACCACGAGCUCCGCACUCGUUCCAAGACGAAUACUAUCUGUGGCAAGAUUGCCGGAGGGAGGGCAAAUAUCAGACAUAUCGAUGCUGGGAUUCGUUACUUGAAUUCCCUUCCGGGAGGCUGCUAUGCACCAGCAGGACCACGGGCGUGCAUUCGAAUCAGCUGCUCCUACGGUUCUGCAAUCUAUCUCUGCAAUGAUAAUAACCAUAGCAUUUCGCCAUCAUGCAAAUACCUUGCUACAUUUGCAGCGGAUAUUGGGAAUGCAUGCCGUUAUAAUCGGAGGUACAUUAACGGCCAGGAGUUUGAUAGUGAUCGCUACAAUGUUAUCCUUAAGCUGUACGGUGCUUGUCGUUAG